UUUUUUAAUAAGCACGUGUAUGUGUGUUAGUGUAUUUUGUUUAUUGAAGAGUAUGCCUAUUACAUCGGUUAAUAUGCAAAAGUGUGAUGUAACGACUACUUGAGACGUAAUUCGAGUGUCACCUAAGAUCGAAUUUAUCUUAUCUCGCUGAAUGAAGCAAAGGUUCAGAUUUGACAGUCACUUGCUUUUCGAAUCGUAAACCUUUCGCCACACUAUCAAGAAAUGGCACUGAAAACCAUCGUAAGUUCGUCAAAAUUAAGCGGUUAUGGCUUACAAAAAUUUUUCAAUAAUUCGCGUGCUGCUUCCUCCAAAGUGGUCUUUAAUUGGGAAGAUCCCCUCAACCUUGAAUCCCAGCUCACCGAAGAAGAAAUAGCUAUUAAAGACACAUGUAGGAAAUUUUGCCAGGAGAAAUUAUUUCCCAGAAUUGUGAAGGCAAACCGAAAUGAAGAAUUUGACAGGGGAGUGCUCAAGGAUUUAGGAGCUAUGGGCUUCCUAGGCGCAACGAUUCAAGGUUAUGGUUGUCCAGGAGUGUCAAAUGUUGCCUAUGGACUGAUAAACAGAGAAGUAGAGAGAAUUGAUAGUGCGUAUAGAUCCUCUGUGAGUGUGCAGUCAUCUUUGUACAUGGGAGCCAUACAUAUGUUUGGUACAGAGCAACAGAAAGAAAGAUAUCUACCUCAAAUGGCGAAAGGGGAAACGAUAGGCUGCUUUGGACUAACAGAACCAAAUCAUGGUAGUGAUCCAGGUUCAAUGGAAACUCGAGCAAAAUACAACUCUGCCUCCAAAACAUAUAUUUUAUCUGGAAGCAAAACUUGGAUAACUAACGCUCCCACAGCAGACAGCAUGGUCAUAUGGGCCAAAUGUGAGGAUGGCAAAAUUCGUGGAUUUAUUGUUAAUCGCGGAAGUAAAGGUUUAGAGACUCCAAAAAUUGAAGGAAAAUUUUCUUUGCGCGCCUCCGCUGUGGGUAUGAUUCUAUUAGACAACGUAGAAGUUCCAGAAGAGAAUCUUUUGCCUGGAGCCGAAGGUCUCAAAGGUCCCUUUAGCUGCCUUAACAACGCACGUUAUGGAAUCGCGUGGGGAGCCCUAGGCGCAGCCGAAACCUGUUUGUCGAUAGCUAGGAAUUACGUAUUGGACAGGAAACAAUUUGAUCGUCCCUUAGCAUCCAAUCAGUUAAUUCAAAAGAAACUGGCAGAUAUGGUUACUGAAAUAGCUUUAGGGUUACAAUCCUGCUUACAUGUCGGGCGACUAAAAGACAAAAAUAUGCAUUCGCCUCUAAUGAUAUCGCUCCUUAAACGUAAUUCCGCCGGAAAAUCGCUCGAAAUCGCGCGUGUUGCACGUGACAUGCUAGGAGCAAAUGGUAUCCAGGAUGAAUACCAUAUUAUCCGUCACAUUAUGAAUUUGGAAAGUGUGAAUACUUACGAAGGUACACAUGACGUCCACGCUCUGAUUUUGGGAAGAGGAAUAACCGGAAUAGCUGCAUUUUGAUAACUAUCUGAUUUAUUCUAUCCAAAUAUAUUUACUUAAAAAUUA